AUGUGUGGAAUAUUAGGUAUUGUAUUAGCAGAACAAAAUUUAAAUGUUGCUCCUGAAUUAUUUGAAGGAGCAAUGUUUUUACAACAUCGUGGACAAGAUGCUGCUGGAAUUGCUACUUGUGGAUCUAAAGGAAGAUUUUAUCAAUGUAAAGGUAAUGGAAUGGCUAGAGAUGUUUUCACUCAACAAAGAAUGAAUAAUUUAAUUGGAAAUUAUGGGAUUUGUCAUUUACGUUAUCCAACUGCUGGAUCAAGUGCUGGUAGUGAAGCUCAACCAUUUUAUGUUAAUUCACCUUAUGGUAUAAGUUUAAGUCAUAAUGGGAACUUAGUUAAUUCUAUUGAAUUAAGAAAACAUUUAGAUGAAGUAGUUCAUCGUCAUAUUAAUACUGAUUCUGAUUCGGAAUUAUUAUUAAAUAUUUUUGCCGCAGAAUUAGAUAAAUUUAAUAAACUGAGAGUUAAUAAUGGUGAUUUAUUUUCUGCUUUAACUGGUACUAUGAAUAAAAUUAGAGGAGCUUAUGCUUGUAUUGCCAUGUUAGCUGGGUAUGGAAUUAUUGGAUUUCGUGAUCCUAAUGGAAUUAGACCAUUAUUAUUUGGUGAAAGAAUUAAUGUUAAUGAUAAUGAUGGUUCAAAAUCAAAAAGUUAUAUGUUAGCAUCAGAAUCAGUAGUUUUAAAAGCUCAUGGAUUUAAUAAUUUUAAAGAUAUUAAACCUGGUGAAGCAAUAAUUAUUACUAAAACUGGUGAAUAUGAAUUUAAACAAGUUGUUGAACCAAAAAUUUUUGCUCCUGAUAUUUUUGAAUAUGUUUAUUUUGCUAGACCUGAUAGUGUAUUAGAUGGAGUUUCAGUUUAUCGAUCAAGAAUUGAUAUGGGAGAAAAAUUGGCUCAUAAAAUUAAAUCCAUUAUUAUGGAUGAUAAUGAAAUUGAUGUGGUUAUUCCUGUACCUGAUACUGCUAGAACUAGUGCAUUUCAAUGUGCUGUAACUCUUAAUAAACCUUUUAGAGAAGGAUUUGUUAAAAAUAGAUAUAUUGGAAGAACAUUUAUUAUGCCUAAUCAACAAGAAAGAAGAUCUUCAGUUCGAAGAAAAUUAAAUGCUAUGGAUUCAGAAUUUAAUGGGAAAAAUGUUUUAUUAGUUGAUGAUUCAAUUGUUAGAGGUACUACAUCUAAAGAAAUUGUUGCUAUGGCUAGAGAAGCUGGAGCUAAAAAAGUAUUUUUUGCAUCAUGUGCUCCACCAAUUAGAUUUAAUCAUAUUUAUGGAAUUGAUUUAGCUGAUACUAAAGCUUUAGUUGGAUUUAAUCGUAAUGAAAAAGAAAUUGCUCAAGUUAUUGGUGCUGAUAAAGUUAUUUAUCAAGAUUUACAAGAUUUAAUUGAUUGUUGUAAAUCAAAUAUUAUUAAAAAUUUUGAAGUGGGAGUAUUUACUGGUGAAUAUAUUACUGGAGUUGAAGAUAAUUAUUUACAAGAAUUGGAAAAAAUUAGAGCUCAAAAUCAAAGAUUACAACAAAAUAUUAAAAUGAAAGGUUUAUCAGUUGAUGCUUGUAUUGAUUCAAGUGAUUUAGUUGAUAUUAAAGCUGAAGUUGAUAUUAGUAUUUAUAAUCGUGGUGAUUAUACUGAAUAA